ACCAGUAGCAGAAGCUCUCCGCAAGUUUCAUCAGCCGGUCCCAAAUAACACCCCUGCUGCAUUGAGAACAAGAAGUUUGCAGCAGCAGGGCUAUAGCUUAAUUAGCUUUAUUUUUGUUUGUUGGGCAUGACUGCUCCUGCUCCUGCUCUCGACAUGGCCCGCAGGGACGCGGACCCGUUGGUCGUUGGCAGGGUUGUGGGCGACGUGCUUGACCCAUUCGUCCGGACCACGAACCUCAGGGUCAGGUACAAUACCAGGACCGUGUCCAACGGCUGCGAGCUCAAGCCGUCCAUGGUGGCGCACCAGCCCAGGGUCGAGAUCGGCGGACCCGACAUGAGGACGUUCUACACCCUUGUGAUGGUCGACCCGGAUGCUCCAACCCCAAGCGACCCUAACCUUAGGGAGUAUCUGCACUGGCUGGUCACUGAUAUUCCGGGAACUACUGGAGCUUUUUUUGGGCAAGAGGUGAUGUGCUACGAGCCCCCUCGGCCGACCAUGGGGAUCCACCGCUUCGUGCUGGUGCUCUUCCAGCAGCUGGGGCGGCGGACGGUGUACGCCCCCGGCUGGCGCCAGAACUUCAGCACCAGGGACUUCGCUGAGAUCUACCACCUCGGCCCGCCGGUCGCCGCCGUCUACUUCAACUGCCAGCGUGAGGCCGGCUCCGGCGGCAGGAGGAUGUACCCCUAAAUAUAAUAAUUA